CUCCUCCUCCUCCUACUAAUUUUAGAAGCUCCACUUUUUCCCCCACAUCUUCUGACUCUUUCUUCUUUUACCUCUGUUUUGUUUUUUCAUUUUUAUCACUUUUCCGGCUAAACCUACGGCAAUUGUUACUGACUUUUUUGUCCACCUGUCCCCUCCUUGUUUCUUCCUUCAAACAUAUAAGGUUAAACACUCUCUGCAAUUUCACCUUCACUUCUGUUGUUGUCAAUUACAAAACAUAUCACUCACACCAAACACAAACAUAUAUACAUAUAUAUAUAUAUAUGUUUAUAUGUCCUCUAUAUGUCUAUAUAUAUAUAUACACACAGAAACAGAGAUAUAAAUGAUUAUAAAUAAAACACUGUACAAGAUCAUGAAACCGUUACCACUACAAAGCUAGCCUAAACUGAACGAUCUCCCCCAAAAACUUCCCAAUCGAAGAUCUGAAGGCAACCAUGAAAGAAAGUCCUACAAGAUAUGUAAAUCCAUUCUUGUCCGAUGAAGAGAAUGAAAAAGUCAACUUAUGGAACGAUGCAAAAGUCAACUUCGCUACUACGAUUGAAGAUGAGAAGUUGGGGAAGUCUUUAGCACCACAUCCUAAUGUUCCUUUAGAUUACAUUGAUAAAGAUGUCACAGAAUGCAAACUGCCUGAGUUGAUAGCAUGUUAUGAUGACAGUGUUUUCCAUGUUGUUAAGGAUAUCUGUGUGGAUGAAGGCCUAUCUCAAGAGAAAAAGAUUGAAAUUGACAAUGAACUUCAUAAGUUUUCAUCAGAUCACGUUAUCGUUAAUGGAUAUAAAGAUGAUGCAAUGAUUGCUGAUCCUGAAGCCCAGUUUUCAAAAGAUGAACAACAGUUGAUACAAUCACCAUUGGAAGAUUGUUAUAAGAACACACAUAUAAUCUCUGUAGAGGAAGCUGUUAAGCUACCUUCUGACUAUGCCUCUGAUGAUUUGAAGUUAUUAGUAGAAUCUAAUACUAUCCAGAGCAGUGAAAUUUGUGGUCGAGAUACAUCAAUGCAGACCGAUGGAGCAGAAAUGGAUCCAAGUCCCAAUUCACUAAAAAAACAAGAUAAAGUACUCAAAACUGACAAAAUCAUGGACCCAUCCAGCAAUGAUGUUGAUCUAAAGCUUUCUGAGGUACAAAGUGCUGGUUCUGAAGGUAAUAUAUUAAAUAAACUCAAGAUGGAGGAAAACGCAGAUUCAAGUGUUGACAAUGUGAAACCAGAAACCACUUUUGGUCCCCGUGAAUCUACGAUAGAUGUACAAACUACGCCUAACCAUGACAUGGCUCCAGAUAACAUUGCAGCAGUGAAUCAGCUACAACGUGGUGGUGGCGAGUCGAGUUUCUCCGUGGCGGAUCCAGUUUCUGGACUGAUAACAUACUCUGGUCCUAUAACAUCUGCUGGUAGCAUAUCUCAUCGAUCAGAUGCUAGCAACACUAGUGUCAGAUCCUUUGCCUUUCCCAUACUUCAAAAUGAAUGGAACAGUAGUCCUGUAAGAAUGGCGAAAGUGGACCAGAGACGAAAAGGAUGGCGGCAGGCAUUAAUGUGUUGUGGAUUCUAAAUGCCUUUUGCCUUGGCCUUUCUUUUAUAGGUUCUGAGCUCACUACACACGAGUGAAAGGUUUAGAGUAGUUUCAGUAAAUAUAUACACUAUCGAUAUCGAUCAAUGUAGUUUUAGGCAUCUUGUGGUUUUCCGUUUGGUUAGGUCUUGAGUUGUGGUUGGUAAAAGAUCAUAUUUACAUUCCCGGUUACAGUUUACCUACUUGUGCGAGGUACCAAGAAGCUGGCAUUUAUAUAUAUAU